CUCGGGAGUCCAAAACAUGGCUGACUGUGUGUACGAGAAGGGACGGAUACCGUGAGAGGAAUCGAGCCAUUGUUGAGAUACAUGAUAGUUUCAUACCCGAGUUUUAGGAUUAUAUUUAUGACAUCGUCUAGCCACCCUUGAUGUCAUCAGGUUGGAGCUGACCAAUAGGACCUGUGGGAGCUGACCAAUAGGACCUGUGGGAGCUGACCAAUAGGACCUGUGAUCUCAGGCAUCAAUUUCUGGCAGCAGUUGGAGGAAACAUCCUGAAACAACCCCACAGCAAAGAUGGACGGAGGAGAGAGUGUGAGGUCAGCCAGGAGUGAGAGGUCGGAGAGGUCACACAGGAGCCAUGGAAGCCAUCAUGGGAAUGGAGGUCAUCGGCACCAUAACAGACCACAGGUUCCAUCUAGAGCUGGCAGCAACAGGGGUAUGUCCAGGGGCCUUGACCCUGAUAGAGAUGACCGGUCAGUGACCAUCAAGACACCUGGUCAAGACCUUGACAUGGAGCGUGGAGAGGAAAGGAUUGAAGUGCAGGUGAUCCCACAAGAUGACAACUGGGGUGACAACACCACAGCAAUAACAGGCAACACCAGCGAGACAGGCUUCUCUAUGGAAGACUUGAACAAGUUCGUUGUCAAGGAGACAGACAGACAGGUGGGUGUCAACUGCGCCAGGUACGUGGGAACAGCCUUGACCGUGGGCCUGAGUGUCAUCGCCUUCCUGUCACCUAUAGCCAUGCUGCUGCUCCCCAAGCUGGACGUGGUCCAGUUGACCUCUGGGGACUGCAAGCCAGAGUGUGAGGGGCUACUCAUUAGUUUUGCCUUCAAGCUCCUGGUGCUUCUAGUGGGGGCUAUAGCUCUCUUCUUUAGAAAGCCAAGAGCCACCAUGCCCCGUGUGUUUGUGUUCAGAGCCAUAGUUCUAUUCCUGGUCUUUGUGUUAACAUUUGCCUUCUGGCUCUUCUACGGGGUGCGCAUCUUCAAGGAGAAACAGGGAACAUACGAGGGUAUAGUCCAGUUUGCCCUGAGUCUAGUGGACAGCCUCCUGUUUGUCCACUACAUCGCCAUCAUCCUGUUGGAGAUCCGCCACCUCCAGCCCCAGUUUGCCAUCCGUGUGGUCAGGUCACCUGAUGGUGAGGCUAGGGUCUACAGUGUGGGACUACUCAGUAUACAGCGGGCUGCUGUCCACAUACUGGAGCAGUACUACAAGGACUUUGAUACUUACAAUCCUUACCUGGAGAACGUGACCAAAAAACACAGCAAGCAUUCCAGCACGGCUUUCAAAGUUUACGACAUUGACGGGAACGCCCAGAACCAAGCAGGGAACCAGGGCAGAAACCGGGCGGUGUUCCCUGCCGCAUCCAGGCGCAGGGAGGCCGGCCACAACGACCGGUUCUAUGACGAGCAGGAGUAUGAGAGGAGGGUGCGCAAGCGUCGCGCCAGGUUACUUGUGGCUACAGAGGAGGCUUUCACCCACAUCAAGCGCUUGCAUGAUGAGCAAGGCCCAGCCAUCCCCAUGGACCCAACUGAAGCAGCUGCCGCAGUGUUCCCGUCCCUGGCCAGAGCCCUACAGAAGUACCUGCGUGUGACACGCCAGCAGCCCCGCUACACCAUGGAGGCCGUGCUCAGCCACCUGGCCUGCUGCAUCUCCCACGACAUGAGCCCUCGGGCCUUCGUCUCGCAGUACCUCACCCAGGGCGCCGUCGUGUGCGGGAACGAACAGGAAGUGAAGGGCACGGAGCGCUGGGUGCUGGUGUGUGAGCAGCUGCUGACGCGGGAGCUGGACAACAGGAUGGUGUUCCAGUUAAAGAAGGGGCCCGUGUCCCUGCUGUGUACCGUCACAAAGAUCCCACACUUCAGCCUCACGGAGGAGAUGAUGCAUCCCAAGUCCAACAAAUUUGUACUCAGGUUAAACUCAGAAACUUCCGUCUGAUUUUUAUAGGCUGAAUCACCGGGAUAGAUUAUAAACAAUUGGGCUCUGUCAAGGGUCUGAUUACAAUACAUACCACAUUUUAAAAGGGAGUUUCCAAACCCAACUGGCACACCAGGAUAUGAAAGACAGAUGUGAAUCAAAUCUGGCCAGUUUCUGUGGAUUAACUCUGUGGAUAACUCCAGUACAUAUCCGUCUCUGCUAGCCACAGCUGACUGUAAAGACUAUCUGUAUACAAGUUAUUUUAUUCAUACAAGUACUUAAAAUAUUUUGAACUGGACAACGUGAAUUUAAAAGCUCAAGAAAAUUUCUACUUGUGUAUCUUUGAGCUGUUUUUUUAAACCUGUUCUCUCUGGCAGCUACCUGCAUUCCAGUCUCUAGGUAGUGGUCAGCAGUGAGACCCCACUGGUCACCAGUUUUCUAUUUGAGCUGUAAUCCUUCAGACAAAAGUCACCCCACACAGCUGCCACCCCCACAGAGAGACAGCUGAUCACCCUCCACUAACAACGCUCCACCCACCGGUUGAUGAAAACUAAUUUGGUUGUGUACAUUUUCUUGAUUUAGUUGUGAGCUAUGGAGAUAAAUAUCACAAUGUGAGCAAUAAUAAAUUCUAGGUAGGCGUCAAAUUACAGGAGUGGAAGUGUAACCCAAAUGAUCCAAUCAUUUCAAUAUCUGAUUGAAUGACUAUCUCAUCAAGCAAUCUCAUCUUGUUAAAUCUCAUGUUGAAUGAAUCACCUGUAAUCUCAUUAUUUCUCAGAGUUCAUGGAAUCUCAGAGAAAACUAACCCCAAGUUUAGACAAGGAGAUAACUUUUGUAUUACAGCUAACAGUUUGUGUAACUACUGCAAGAGUGUGUGUGUGUGUAACUACUGCAA